AGAUGUUUCGGGGUGAGAACGUGUCAUUGCCCGCUUCAGGCGGAUAAGGAAGGUGUUUGCUGUUUUGCCUCAGAAAACAGUCCCCGUUCUCCCCUCGUUUCCCUUCCUUUUCCAACCCCUCCGGCCCUCCCCUCUCUCUGUUUCACUCACUCUCUCUCCUACGCCUGCUUCUAAUUUUACGCAAAUCACUUAUCCCUUUCUGCCCUCUCUGCUCUUUUCACAAUUUGAUCUCCACCAACAAAAGGGAUAAACAACAGAAGAAAUCAAAGCAAAAAAGUUGAAUCAGCUGGCGAUGGAAACAAAGCCCACCACCUCUCUUAGAGAUAGGAGGAUCUCCCCAUCCCUUGCCCGACCGAGCCCGAAGAAUUUGCUCCCCCGAGGAGAUAUCUCGUCUCCAGUGGAGGCGAAGAAGCCAGUGGUAAACUAUCUCAAGCCCAAGGCUGUUCCUUCUUAUGAAUCUCCAACUCGGAGAAUUCCCAUCAUCCACAGCAUCACCGCUAGUGCCACCACAAAAACACCCUCAGCAAGAAGAUUGGCAGACAAGGCGCCAUCUCCUUCAACCUUUACAUCACAGAGAUCAUUGAAGCCUGCAAAACCGAGCAGCUCCUCCAUGCCUAAUGGUCAUGAAUCUGCUCAAACCGUUUCAAGAACUGCAAGGACCAGCCUUAUCCCUAAAGCAAAGAGCACCAGUCUUAAGUUUGUCAAGAAAAAAGAAGCCCCUGUCACAAUUGCUGUUAUUCCUGAGGGAAAGAUGUCAUCAGAUCAUGAUUCUGUAACUGCCAUUGAAAGACCAGUUCAAGAGCAAUUGUUGAACAACCACAAGAAGUUAGUAGAGGCUUUAAAUGAGGUGGAGAAUGUAGAAGAAAGUGACUUCAUUAGUUCUUUGGUUGAUGAAGGGAAUCACAUUGAAGAACAGAAGAGUGAUGAGCCUGAGAAUUGGGUAUUUGAUGAAGUCGAGGAAGUUCCUAACAAGGCUAGGGUGGCUGUGGCUUCCACGCAGGUGGAGAAAAAGGAUGAGGAAAAGGUGGAACAUGUGGAUGCGGUCGUGAGACGAGUGGAGCCUGAAGUAAGAAGACCGAUUCACGGAGCUACGGUUGUGAUGGAAAUGACGACGGUGAAGAAGAAGGAUGCUUCUAUAAGCAAUGAUGUGAUCGAAGAGACCAAAAGCAAGCUGAUGGGGACGAGGAAGAACAAGGUACUGGCUUUGGUUGGAGCUUUUGAAACGGUUAUCUCACUGCAGGAACCGGAAGGUCAACAGAUUCAGAAGACACUUCAUCUUCAACAUGGGCAGCAAAUUCAACAUGAUCAACAAGUUGAGCAGAGUUUUGAAAAUAAAAAAAGUCAACUGGGUGUUGACAGCCAGCAUAAUCAAGAGAUUCAAGCGACUCAGAAUGCUCAGCAACUAGGAGGAGUUGAUGAAGAACAUCAAGGGCUGGAAAAGGAGGAAGAGAAUGCAACGUUGAAAGAAGAGGGUAAUGAGGCUCUUGAAAGAGGAGAGGAGAGGGAGGAUGAGAUGCUGAAGAAAGAAGCUGAUAAGGGAGUGGGUGCAUUGAUGAAAAGGAAGAGGCUGUUGAGGCCUUGUAUAAUAAUGGAGUGAUGGGAGAAGAUGUAAUACUGAAAGAAAAAAAAAAUACUGAACAAGCUCUGCAGACUAGUAGCAUGGCAGAAGAGGAGUCCCUGAAAUCAAUGUAGGAGGAGUAUAAUUUCCUGAUUACUGAUCUGUUCAGGUUAACCUCUUAGUUAGCUUCUUUGUUGAGGCCUUGCCAUUGAUGACUGAUCUGUUCAUCUCUUCUUUCUUUUGUUGUUCUUAGGGAGAUGGGGGAAGAUGUGUGCUGUCCUGAUGAUGUAAUUGAAGCAUCAAUGUUGGUUUUGCAUGUUUGUAUUGA